UCUAAUCUGAAACCAUCACAGUCAGAGGAAGAAGAAGAAUGGCUCUCCUUUCUUUUCUUUGUUCCUCACCGUUCCCAAAUCCCACAACCAAUUGCAACGUUUUCUCCAAUCUCAGAACCCAAAUCCAAUCCUCUUCCAUUUCCACCAACAUUUGCACAAAAACUCGACACCUCGUUGCUCACCGUCGCUGAAUCCUUCUACGACGAUGAGCUCUGGGCCGCCGCCUCCCUCCGCGUCCGUUCCUUCAAUCAACUCCGCCCUGACACCUUCGGACUCCAAGAUCAUGCGAGGUACUUGGCUGAACGUGAGUUUGAAGCUCUGAAGGAGAGGGUUGCGGGUAAAAGAACGGGGUUUAAAAGAGUCUCUUGCAUAAAUGCUUCUCUUCCUUUGUCUCAUAUAUCCACCAUCUCUGAUGAUUUAUGCUCUGCAUGUAAGUUUUCUGCUAAUGGAGAAGACCGGAUUGUAGUCGGCUCUCUUGAUCUUAAUCAGUGCUUGAGUCUUCCUGAUGAAAUUACAGGGAUGAAGCCUGAGGUCAGUGGAGUUCAAUCAGCUGAUGUAACGAGGGCAUACCUCAGUAAUGUAUGUGUUGCUAGAGAGUUGCUCAGAAAUGGGUUGGGCUAUGCACUUCUUGAAAAGUCAAAGUUAGUUGCUCAUAAUUGGGGCAUAACAGAUUUGUACGUCCAUGUUGCUGUUGACAAUGAACCAGCAAAGAAUUUGUACACGAAGAGCGGAUUCAUAUAUGAAAGUGAUGAACCUGCGUGGCAGGCCAGGUUUCUAGAUCGACCCCGGAGACUUCUCCUAUGGACAGGUCUUACAAACAUCUAGUUUGACAGUGUUGCCCUGUAUGUUGUGUUAAUAUGGUUUUCUGUCUAUCCUUGUUAUUUAUUCAGAACAUUCCUACCUUGCUUCAUAGUUCUCAUACCGUUCAUUCCAAAGCCAAAAUGUAAAGUUAAUUUCCUAUUUUAUUACAAGAUCCAUUCAAGUUAAUUUGCCUUUUA